AUGCUCAUAUCGCCCUUCCGCCACUACCAACCGUCACCUGGGCCGCAGUCAGAGGUGAACCCCUACGUAUUCACGUGUACUGGAGUCCAGUUGUGCUACAAGAACUUGUUUGAGGGGGGAGCUUCGCAGUACGGGUGUGGUACGGCUGUCGACCAGGCAACGAGUGUUUACACUACCGCGAACGGGCUGCCGGGGGCUAUCACUCACUCGCAGAUAUCUGUCCCCUUGACAAGAAGCGCUAGUCGACUUAGCACGCCGACGACACUCGGGGUUAUUACUAGCACCAGCGCGUCCCGGACACCCUCAUCAGCGUCUUCAUCCUCGACGGAAUCAUCAGCUUCGACGCCGGAGUCCUCAGCUUCUAUCGAGAGCACAACUGGCACAUCGACCACGACGGCUUCCUCCACCACCACAUCGACAGACCCUUCCAACACACCUCAUGCGCCACCAGGUAAAACCUCUACGAAAGCGCGUACCGGCGCAAUCGUUGGCGGAACACUAGGCGGUAUCGCUGCCCUGGCCCUCAUCGGCGCUCUCAUUUUCUACUUCCUCCGACGCCGGCGCGGCGCCAACUCGCGCACCGGCCCCGGUCGCCCCGGUAUCAACGGCAAAUACAUCAGCUCUCCGACACCCGGACCCAACAGUGGCUUCGCAGCCGUGAGCCAAGAUCCCGACGCCUACGAGACCGGGCCAGCUCCCGGCUACUUGCCUCAUGUUGCUCAAAUAACCCACAAUGGAAAUGGUGGUUUUUCAAACGAUCUAACCGCCGGCGGUCCCUCACCUUACGCGCCGUACACAGGCGCUGCUGGCGUCGCUGGGGCUGCAGCACCGGCGGUUUCCCCCACCCCGCCGGGGCAUACGAGACAAAAUUCAUACCCGCCUGCUGAAGGGUAUCAUUACCCGGGCCAGUUUCCGGCUGCGUACGCUGGUGGGGUUGCUGCAAGAAAGAGCAAGCUUGAGCCGGAUCAGGUGCCGUUGACGAGGGAGAUUGACGACUUUUCGCAGAGCUUUAAUGCGGCGCUGGGUAGGAUUGGCGAGAAGGGGAGUACAAGCGAGAUGGGCCGAGAUGAUGGGAACGCCGCCGGUGGUGGUGGUGGUGGAAGUCAUGUUGGAAGUGGGAUGUCAAGGCCGCUGUGGCAGCAGAAUCGCAGGCAGAGUCGGAACUUGAUGUGGAUGUAG